AUGGGGUGCUGGCCGGUUAACCACGAGGAGAGUCCAGGCGUCCAGUCCAGCCACCACAACACGCUACAACAGACACACCAGGUGGAGGAAGGCCCCCUCUCCAGGCCCCAGGCCACCUCUACGGCUCAAGGCCCCCUCUACAGCCCCAGGCCCCCUCUACGGCUCAAGGCCCCCUCUACAGCCCCAGGCCCCCUCUCCAGGCCCCCUCUCCAGGCCCCAGGCCCCCUCUACGGCCCCAGGUCCCCUCUCCAGGCCCCAGGCCACCUCUAUGGCUCCAGGCCCCCUCUCCAGGCCCCAGGCCCCCUCUACGGCCCCAGGCCCCCUCUACAGCCCCAGGCCCCCUCUACACCCCCAGGCCCCCUCUACGGCCCCAGGCCCCCUCUCCAGGCCCCCUCUCCAGGCCCCAGGCCAAUUCCACGGCCCCAGGCCCCCUCUACGGCCCCAGGCCCCCUCUCCAGGCCCCCUCUACAGCCCCAGGCCCCCUCUACGGCCCCAGGCCCCCUCUCCAGGCCCCAGGCCACCUCUACGGCCCCAGGCCCCCUCUACGGCCCCAAGUGCCCCCCUCGGCCCCAGGCCACCUCUACGGCCCCAGGCCCCCUCUCCAGGCCCCAGGCCCCCUCUACAGCCCCAGGCCCCCUCACCCUGAAGGGGUCGGUUGACAGGAGCUCCAACCAGGGCUUCAGACAUGGAGAACCCUGA